UCAAAGGGAUGCAAAGUGAACAGAGCGUUUCUGUCAUGGGCAUACGAUACCCAAGACCAAAGCUGCGGGGUUUGAUGCUCAGGCGUACGCGUGGGCAGCGGCGUACCAGAAGAUAUCGUCAGACCACUGCUACACGAUGUACCACAGUAGGGCCGACAGUGUUGAAAGUACCGCCUUGGAUGGGACAAGCACUGCGGAGGUGUACGUUGGCAAGAGCACAGCUUGUGCAGAGGUAGGCUGUCUUCACUUGCAUCUUCAAAGAGACAACUGCUUGCACCAUUCCUGGGCAGAACGCCAGAACAGGAAUGGAUCCAAUAGCUACGCCAGUAAGCCGAGCGCCGCUCAUGCAGAGCCUCAUGCGACCUUGUUCGCUCUUGACGCAAGGCCAAUCGGCGAUGUACCCAAAGGUUUGAGGGCUUUACCGCGCAUUCGCUGUGUUCCCUGUGACGUCCGCCCAACGUUGCGCGUCGUCACAGGACCGUCCACGAUAGUCUGCAUUGGCCAAUUAGCGCGCGUCCCGUCCGCAAGCGAACCCCACAUUUGUAACGGCUACCCGCUUUGGGGGCUCACGUGGUGCGCGAGCAGCUGAGGGAUCUCCAGCGGUCAGGUUGUGGCGUGAGCAUGGCUGGGAAGGGGUAAACGAGGUCGAAGUGUGGUCUGCCUUGCUAGACAUACUAGAGAAUCCAUAGCUACGUAGGCAAGGUAUUUGAGAGCAAACGUGAAAGUGCUUUGCAUUUCAUUCUUUGAGUGAGUCCUCCACGGAGGGAAACCUGGGGUAACCAAGCUGCGUCAUAUCCUAUAACGUUUGUGGAGCCGCCGUACCUGAGCGCCGACGAGAGG